AUGACCAAGAUGGAGCAGCAAGAUAACCGGAGCGUGGAUCGUGCUAGCAGCUACAACCUUGAUUUCGAUGCUACUUUCCUCAAAAAUCUGCCUCCUUCCAUCAGAAGACAUACGUACCAUGGAGAGCAGCAAUUUUUUGAUAUCCUCCAAUCCGAAUUCGCACGCUUCGAAGCCUCAUAA